CCGAAUUGUCUCUAUGAGGCAUCCAUUCUCCAUUUAUAGACUCAACAUCAGCCUCGUGCCAAUUUUCAACGGGUGCGAAGACAUGCAGCUCCAUAGGCCGCUUGCUAUACGUACCUACAUGGCUAACAAAGAAACGUCUGGUAAGACGUCUACUGUACUGAGGCACCGAGAUGUAAACAUGGCGCAAGCAUCGUCCCCCGAAUCUCCCAGCAAAUUGGAAUUCGAGGAUGAUUUUAUGCAUUAUUAUGUCGUCGAUGGGGUCCGUCUGCCGCCAUUCUGUAGGGGAAAGAUUCAAGAUAUAAUAGAAUUUCCCGUAAGGCCGGAUGAUGUGUGGAUUUUGUCAUAUCCCCGUGCCGGAGUGUGGGUCCAAGACCUGAUCUAUCUCCUGCUCCAAGGAGGCAAUCUCCAGGAAACCAGUAUCAGCUUGGAGACCGUCGAAGAUGCCAUCCCUUUCCUAGAAGGACCUAGUCCUGGACUAGAGACGAUCAAAGAUCUCCCGUCGCCACGUUAUAUCAAAUCACAUCUCCCAUUCCAACUACUACCACAAGGAGUACAGGAGAAGCAGUGCAAGGUGAUAUACAUAGCUAGAAACCCUAAGGAUGUCAUGUGCUCAUUCUAUGACUUCCAUCGUACCGUUCGUAUGGUGCAUUACAAGGGAACUUUCAACCAAUUCUUCUACAGAUUCGUCAACAACAAAUUGGGAUACGGCUCUUACUUUGAUCACGUUCUGACAUUCUGGAAGAAUAGACAUCACGAGAAUGUUCUCUUCUUGAAAUAUGAAGAUGUUAAAAAGGAUUUUCCAGCGGCGGUGAUUCAGGUUGCCAAUUUCCUUGACAAACCUCUCGGUGAAAGAGCGAUCAAAGCUAUAAACAACUAUUGGGAUGAUGAACCGCUUUAUAACAGAAAAGAGGAUCGGGUUGGUUUUUGGCGAUACUACUUCACGGUUCACAUGAACGAUAAGAUGAACAAACUCUUACCUGACAAACUCAAGGAUGCAGACAUGGAGUUUGACUACACGAUAUAAGAUGAGCGCCCCCCUAUCAAUGUGUCACCACCGUACAGUAUCCUGCGUUAUUCUGUGUGAAUGUUUUAACCCAUAAUGUUGCAAUCACUGUUGUCAGCCAUUGCCGUGCUGGUCUUAUUCAGCUGUUUAUUUACCAACAGUGAAAUAGUUUCAAAUUAAAGGUCAAGUCGUCCCAAGAAAAAUGUUGAUUUGAAUAAAUAGACAAAAAUCAAACUAGCGUAACG